CGUCCACCCACCCGUCGCUUCCCCUGGUUUGCGGCAAGUGGGUAGACGGGUCUUUUUCUCACCUGUGCCGGCUGGCAUCCUUCGCCGUCAUCUCUAGACAUCAUCGAACCGCCGCGACGGCUCAUCGACGCAGUUUUCUGCAGUCUUCCACUCGUUUACUCACAGAUCAAGAUCCCGUCCGUCCCAGCCAUCUGAGAUUGGCCUGCGCAGCACAGACUCGGGCCCAAGAUCGUGACCCCCACUCGUUCAAUCUCCGGUCGCGUGGAAUUGGGCUGUCCGAGUCGCCCGUCGUCAUUCUGGCCCGAUCGGGCAUCGCACAAAAGAAGGCCAGGAAUUGUCCCGACGGAGGACAGAAGAUCGCUCGCCGUGGCACCGCCAUCCUCCCGUUUGAAUCCCUAGGUAGCGCAGUGAUGUCGCCUGCGCCCUCGCACUACCCCGAUUGUCGCAACUAGGCCGCAUGAGACCGCGGCCAUGCACCAGGCCAGCAAUGGCUCCGACGUCGCGGUCGGCGCAAAGCUGCGACCCGUCGGCAGCCGCCAGACUGCCGAAGAUGCGCCCGCAACCGCACCGACUCGCGCCGGCGCCGACGGCGGUUGCUCCCGCGCGAGGGCCUGGCUUCGUGAUGCCGCGAGCGGCCGUCUUUUCCGCAAGCCCCUGAAUCCGUCCAAAGAUGGCCGUCGCGUUCCUUUGCGCGUCCCCCAGGGCCCUGACCGUCUGAUGGACGAGCGCAGGGACCACCUCUACGUCUCCAACGCCAUCCGAACCUCGCGCUACACCCUCUUCGACUUCUUCCCGAAGCAGAUCUGGUUCCAGUUCUCGCGCCUGAGCAACUUUUACUUCCUCUGCGUCGGCAUCCCCCAGACCAUCCCGGGAAUCAGCACCACGGGGAACUUCACCACCAUCCUGCCCUUGCUGUUCUUUGUGCUUCUCACCAUCGUCAAGGAGGGGUACGACGAUUACAAACGUCACAAGCUCGACAAGGUGGAGAAUGCGAGGAGCGCAACUGUGCUCCGCCGUCGCGAUGGCCAUGUGUCUGGCAACCCUUCCUCCCGGCCGUGGCUCGCCUGGCUUUGGCGUUCCCGCCAGCCAUCACGAGUGGAGGAGAAAAGAGAAAUGGCGGCCGACGGGCUGGACUGGAGAACCAUCUGCUGGAGGGAUGUCCAGGUCGGCGAUGUGCUGCGGCUUGUCCGUGAUGAGGACGUUCCUGCGGAUAUGGUCCUGAUCCAGGCCGAGAGCGAGGACCGCAACGCCUACAUCGAAACCAUGGCUCUAGAUGGCGAGACGAAUCUGAAGAGCAAAUUGGUCCCGGCGGAGCUACAAAGGUUCGAUACCGUAUCCGACAUCGUCUCGUGCAACGCCGAGCUUGUGCUGGAGGACCCAAAUCCCGACCUGUAUCGGUUCGAUGGACGGGUGACGGUUGAUGGUAAAACCUCACCCCUGACGCUGGGCGAGGUCCUGUACCGCGGCAGCACCUUGAGGAAUACGCCAAGCGCCGUCGGAGUGGUCAUCAAUACGGGCGAGGAGACCAAGAUCAGGAUGAACGCGAACCGCCACCCAGAGGCCAAGAAACCGGCACUCGAAAAAAUCACAAACAGGAUCGUGCUGUCGCUGGUUGCCUACGUCUUCUCUGCCACAGCCGGCUGCUCGGUGGGCUAUCUCCUGUGGCAGCGCUCGACGGAAUACAACUCGUGGUACCUCAACAAUGCUGGGGUCGCCGUCCAGGAGAUUGUGAUUGGAUACGCCAUUCACUUUAAUAACAUCAUACCCCUCUCGCUCUUUAUCACCCUCGAGAUCACCAAGCUCUUCCAGAAGUUCAUGUUGAACGCCGACAUUGAAAUGUACGACGAGACCUCUGAUACGCCCGCAAAAUGCAAUACGAACACGAUUCUGGAAAACCUUGGUCAGGUCGGCUACAUAUUUUCGGACAAAACCGGCACCCUGACAGAAAAUGUCAUGAAGUUCCGCAAGAUGAGCAUAGCGGGUGUCUCCUGGCUGCACACAAUGGAUAUUGAGGAGUCGGAUCAGGCCCAUACCCACUCGCCCGGAUCCAAUGUGACGUCUCCGGUCGAGCUCGUCGUUCCCGGCCGGGUGGAUGCCGGCAAGUCGGUCUUGCCAUCACGAAGGAGCAUCGCCAUUCCAGAGGACGCCGAGCUACCCAGCCCUCCCCCUAACGAUGCGUACUCAGCCCGUGAACCCAUUGGCACUCCCAUGACUGCGCAUAGAAGGUCAUCGUCACAGUGGAGGUCGACUGGUCGCCCAGACCUCGUGCAGCCCGAGCUGACCACUGAGGAUCUCCUCGAGUACAUGCGCCUGCGGCCUAACUCGCCAUUUGCGAAAAGCACAGCCGACUAUCUUCUUGCUCUUGCACUCUGUCACACCUGCCUACCUGAAGUGAGGGACGGGGAGAUCGACUUCCAAGCCGCUUCGCCCGAUGAACUCGCUCUCGUCAGGGCCGCGCAGGAGCUUGGCUUUCUUGUGAUCCAACGAUCGACGCAGCGGAUCACGCUGCAGAUCACAGCCGGUCCUGGACUACCCCCAAUUGAGCACGUCUAUGAGAUAUUGGACGUGAUCGAGUUCAGCAGCAAAAGAAAACGAAUGUCGAUCAUUGUCCGUGGGCCUGACGGACGCCUAAUCCUCAUCUGCAAAGGUGCCGACUCUAUGAUCAUGCCGCGCCUCAAAUUGGCGAAUCUUGCCAAGCAAAAAGCACACGAGGCCCGCCAGAGUGCUGAUCUCGAGAGAGAGGUUCUACGGCACAGCGAACAGCUCGAGCCCAGAAGCAGCCUCGGGGGGAGGCCGAGCCUCAGCUUGCGCCAUGGCCAUGGUGUCGCUCACCGACACCCCGAGGCAGGACCGUCCUCCGGGCUGAUGCCACCGACAACAAACAUCCGGAGCAAGUCUUUCGAGGCGAACAAGGCUCGACGUUCUGCGGACCUCAUGCGACCCGCGUUGCAGCUCCGCACGCUAUCGUUCGACCUAAACAGAUCUCCGACGGGUCAGUCGAGCACGCAGCACUCACCGGUGCCGCUUGCGCCUCUGCCAGCGAAGUUCUCGCUGCUCGAAGAUGCAUCCGUCAGCGACGAUGACACGGUCUUUACGCGCUGCUUCAAGCACCUUGACGAGUUUGCCUCCGAGGGCCUUCGCACGCUUCUGUACGCCCAAAGGACCAUCCCGGAAGCCGAGUAUGCCUCAUGGAAGAAGCUCUACCUCGAGGCGACGACGAGUCUAGUGGAUCGACAGGACAGGAUCGAAAGCGUGGGAGAAAUGAUCGAACAAAACCUGGCUUUGGUUGGCGCGACUGCCAUCGAGGACAAGCUGCAAAAGGGCGUGCCCGAAACAAUCGACAAGCUGAGGCGUGCCAACAUCAAGAUCUGGAUGCUGACGGGCGAUAAGCGCGAGACCGCUAUCAACAUUGCCCACUCUGCGCGCAUCUGCAAACCCUAUUCGGACAUUCACAUUCUGGACUCGGCUAGGGGCGACGUCGAGUCUCAGCUCUUGGGGAUCGCAGACGAGCUGCGUGACCAGCACCGCGCCAAACGGGACGGGCUUAUCAGUAAUAUCCACAGCGUGCUUGUCGUGGAUGGUCAUACGCUGGGCGAGAUUGAGCAAUCGCCCAUCCUUACAGAGCUGUUUUAUGUUCUCGUGCCCGCCGUCGAGAGCGUCAUCUGCUGUCGGGCUUCGCCUGCGCAAAAGGCGCUCCUGGUCAAGGGCGUGCGACAGCGAAUCAUACAGCCGGGAGAGAGCCUUUCCUUCUCAUCCUUCUUCCGCAGUACCUCCCCUAGGGGCACUCUGCUCACGCUGUCCAUUGGAGACGGCGGCAAUGACCUAGCCAUGCUCGCCGAGGCGCAUGUUGGUGUUGGCAUUUCGGGCCGGGAGGGACUGCAGGCCGCUCGCGUGGCCGACUACAGUGUUGCGCAGUUCCGGUUCCUCGCCAGGUUGCUUCUUGUCCAUGGACGCUGGAACUACGCGCGCACUGCGCGAUUUGUUCUGGCCACUUUUUGGAAAGAGAUGUACUUUUACACGGGCACAAUCGCUUUUCAAUAUUUUGUCGGCUACACAGGCACAUCGCUCUAUGAAAUGUGGAGCUUGACGGCACUCAACACUCUCUUCACAUCGCUAUGCACCAUUUCGCCUGCGCUUUGGGAGCAGGACCUCUCGGCCACGACGCUACUGGCCGUCCCCGAGCUUUACUUCUUCGGUCAGCGCGACUUGGGGCUUAGCACCUCCAAGUAUCUAGGCUGGAUGAUCGGCGGCGUUUUCGAGGGGCUGGUGACGUUUUUCGGGUGCAUUGCAGGCGCUGGAAUCUACAACGUUGUGGGUGACAAGGGCCUCUACGCUGUUGGAAACCUGGCCUUCAGUGUCGCCAUGAUGUGGACCAACUGGAAGCUUCUCAUCAUCGAGACACACCAUAAGAACUGGGUCAUACUGGUCUCAUUUAUUGUCACGGCCGGCGGCUGGUGGGUGUGGCAGGCCUUCCUCUCUGCCGUCUACGCACCCCCGCCGUCGCCAUACGCGGUUCGCGGCGGCUUGACCGAAGGCUUCGGGCGCGAUCUGAGCUGGUGGUUAUCCCUCAUUGUAAUUUUGGCGGCACUUGUCGUGGUCGAAAUGGCCUACAAGGCGCUCAAACGGCAGCUCGUGGUGCUAGGCGUUUUGAGUCGGCAGCGCAAGUUCCGCAAGCGGCUAUUUGGCGCCUGGCUCAACCUCAGGUGGCACUCGGGGCGGAGCAGUCCCCAACCUACCGCCGUGCCAGUCCCGGCUUCAUCGGCCACCGAGCAGAUCCAGACGCAACAGGACGAGGAUGAAGAGGAUCUGGACCUGGAGCUCUGGCAGGAGCUGGAACAGGAUCCGGAAAUACGAGCGAGGCUCGAGAAGCUCGCUUGGAGAGACGAAAAUGUAGACGAGCCCGAAGGCGACGACGGCAUUCGUGAUCGCGAGGUUUUGAGGGCCGAGGGUGUCGUCAUCUGACCAUUGCUCCGACCGGUUGGAUCUGUUUUCCGCAUUCGCCGUACGGCGAUGCAUGUAUAUGUGAAGGGAGGCUGGUUUUUGUUUUCACGAUACCCCGUGAUGAGUGGCUGUAUGCACACUAUGGAUAAAGUGGCUCAGGAUUGUUUUUAUGCUACACUGUGAUAAAUGUAAAUGUUCGCUUGUUAUAAAUCAAGCAGUUAUAAGGCUUGGUUGACGUUAGGAAUGGGUGAUGCACUAUUGGAACAUCCAUAACGUAUAGCACUUUGUGUGAAAAGUCGGAAAUCAUAUUUGCCUGCCAAAAACUCCGACCAAGAUGCAGCAGGGGGUACUCGAAUACGAACAGCCAAAAGUGAUGUUUUCCCACCAGGCCAAAAGGCCAAACCCAG